UUAAUGAAUAUAUCAGACAAAAAAUAUUAUAUUUCAUGUACUACUUUUAUAGUACUAUUUAUUUGACAGCUCUUAAAAAAAGAGUAGAAAAUUUUGGUGCGUGUUGAUCCGCUAGUUUUGUUUUGAAGGUGGAAAUCUGCUUGCCUCCUGGAUUAUUAUCUUGUUUUUUGCAAUCAAUGAAAUAGUGAAAAAAGAAAAUGGAAUCAGCAGUGUAGAUUUGCGUUAGUGUUUUAUUAAUUUAAUCUCAAAUUUUCAAAGCAUUCAAACAUGGUUUUAGGGUGAAAACCACUCUAUCCAUUGUUUUAUAGCAGGUCCCAGCCUACUCGAGCCACUGGAUUUCAGCAGCCCCCUAGGGGAGUUGAAAUGAAAACGACAAGGAAAAGCAAAGGCCCAUGAUUUUUUUUAUUUUUCUUCCCUAAUAUGGUGAGGUCUUGGGAGAUUACUGAACUGUAAACAGGAUAAUACCCGAAGAUCAUCCCAGCCAGGUGGAAUAUGGAUGAGAGAAAUCCAACUGGGAGAAACCCCUUGAAACAUGAACCACAAACCUAGAUUUUUCAAGAGAAAAAAAUCCAUAAUGGCCCACUUCUAAAACAAGCAUCCCAAAAAUUUCUUGACACAACAUAAAAAAGCCGACAAUAAAAGCAGUUCAAAUAACUCUAUCAAUCACCCAACUCCUUGAGCAACUUAAAUGUGUUGAAACUUGUACAACCGAUUUUUUCUGUUUGUAGAUUCAGAUAAUGGCUGCACCUACCUCACUCACCCCAAAUUCAACUCCAUCCUCUUCAAUAUAUUCGAAUUUCAGGACCUCCCAGUUGACCAUCUGUUCAAAAAUUACUCCAGACUCCUGUUGCUUUUUGACAGUAAGAUCUGGUCAAGCAUCAAAGCAAAGAUUGACUUACCAGAAUCCAAGGGGCUUAAUUAUCCGAUGUGCAGCAACAAAGCCUGCAAAAUCACCAGCUGAAGAAGAUUGGAAGACUAAGAGAGAACUUCUCUCGGAGAAAAGGGUAAGAAGUGUGGAUGCAAAGGAAGCUUUUCGCCUUCAAAAAGAGAAUAACUUUGUGAUUCUUGAUGUACGACCUGAAGCAGAAUUUAAAGAGGCUCAUCCACCAGGAGCUAUUAAUAUUCAGAUAUAUAGGCUUAUAAAGGAGUGGACAGCAUGGGAUAUUGCUAGGCGUGCUGCAUUUGCAUUUUUUGGCAUAUUUUCUGGCACAGAAGAGAACCCUGAGUUUAUGCAAAGUGUAGAAUCAAAAUUUGACAAGGAUGCAAAGAUAAUAGUGGCAUGCACAUCUGGGGGCACAAUGAAGCCAUCCCAAAAUCUCCCGGAAGGUCAACAGUCAAGAUCACUCAUAGCAGCCUACUUGCUCGUGCUCAAUGGUUACAAAAACGUUUUCCACUUGGAAGGGGGCCUUUACACAUGGUUCAAAGAAGGACUGCCAUCAGAAUCUGAAGAGUGAUAUAACAAUGAUUACAUGGUGCUUCAAUAGAAGCUCAAAUUUUGUCCUCAUUUUUUGAGACUGGUUCUACCCUUUUCCUUUUAGGUUUUGAAUGUGAUUUCUUUUAGACAUUUUAAUCAUACUUAGAAUCUUAUAUCACCUAAUGUUCUAUGUACAACUUUAUUUCUAAUAAUUUUUCAAUGUGAAAAUUUGAGUGUAUUUGUAAUAAUACUAAGAAUUUGUAACCAAUAGCAACAAGCAAAUCAUCAGAUCUGACACUGAUCCUCUGGGACCUAUCAAUAACCACAGACUACCAGUUCAUACGACUUCUAAUUUGACACAAUUAUUGGAGCAGCUAAACUGUCCAUGAUAGAAAAACAACUAUCACGCAUUUCAUAGCACCAAAAUACACAUAAUUUAGGGCAUCCUAUGUUUCAAGUAUUUUCUUCCAAUCUAUGAAGACAAUUUUCUAGUAAGCUUUCAAACCGGAUUACUAAUUAACUUUUUCCUUUCAAAUGCUCUAAAAAUAAAAUGAAGUAAUUAAAAUAAUUAAUUUACAAUGAAUACAAUGUCAAAUGCACACAGACAAAGACAGAACAUGAUAACCACUGUAAUAUGUAUGAAAUCAAAUACAAUAAAUAUCAG